AUGGCUUUUCAUGGUGGUAACAUUUUGCCGUUUGGCACUGACUUUGACUUGCAGCCUAUGCACUAUGCUGGCAUAGCUGUUGCUCUCCUCGGCGGAGCUUGCCUCUUCUCCCUCGGCAGGUCUACCGUCGACGACAAGGACGCGUCCUCUCCCGGAUUCCUCAAGUCCUUCUUUCUCUUCUUUUAUUCCUCCUUUCUCAAGCCUCACCAGGGUGGAUCUAAGGCUUCCCAGCAAGAUGCCCUCGAGAGCUUUUACAAGAGACAGGCCGGAGCCUACGACACCACUCGCGGCAUCCUUCUCCGCGGUCGCGAGGACAUGCUCGCUCUGGUUGUCGCCCAGCUCAAGGCCAAGUUUCAAUCUCCCAAAGACGCUGAAAAGGGUAAAACCGAAAAGAGAAUUUGGGUUGAUAUUGGCGGCGGCACUGGCUGGAACAUCGAAGCCAUGGGCGAGCACGUCAAUGUCCCCGAAUUCUUCUCUAGCGUCUACUUGGUCGAUUUCUCUCCCUCCCUCUGUGAAGUCGCCCGCAAGCGUUUUGAGCGUCUGGGUUGGAAGAACGUCACCGUUGUUUGCCAGGAUGCGCGCAAGUUCCGCCUGGAAGACUACGAAGACGGCAUGCCCGCCGCGCAGAACCUGCUUCGCUCCCCUGCGCUGAGCUACUUCAAGCAGCAGCGCCCUGAGCACGGCGGUGCCGAUCUGGUUACCCUGUCUUACAGCUUGUCCAUGAUUCCGGACUACUACUCUGUUGUCGACUCCAUCGGCUCUCUCCUCUCCCCCUCUGGUGUUUUCGGUGUCGUUGAUUUCUACGUUCAGAACCAGUCCGACUUUUCUUUCCGUAACUACACCGCUGGAUACAUCGAUCGCCAUGUCAAUGCUCUUUCGCGCAUGUUCUGGCGUGCCUGGUUCGACUUUGACCGUGUUGCACUCGAGUCGGGACGUCGUGACUACCUAGAGUACAAGUACGGAACCAUUCUCAACCUCAACGCCCGCAACCGCAGCCUCGGCUACAUUCCUUACUACGUUUGGGUUGGUUGCCAAAAGAAGCCCUUCUCCAAGACUGCCCUGCCUCACGAGAUUCUCGAGCGAAUUGACGCAUAUGCCACCGAGUCGCCGUAUCUAUACCCCGUUAACCAGAGUGAUGCGUUGACCCGCGCCAUUGAGAGAUCCGCUCCCGAAAUCCGCUCCAAGGCCUUCCUCACUGCCAUUCAGAAUCUCUCUGCCAACCUGCCUCUGCCUGCCUUCUUCUACCAGAACCACCACUGGCGCAUCUACUACGAUGACCAGCUCCAGAAGCACAAGCAGUUCAACGACGAAUACAUCUAUGCCUUCACCUGGGAGGAUGCCCGUGUCGAUGAGCGCAUUCUGAAGCUUGGUCCUGACGACAAGGUUCUUGCUAUUACUUCUGCUGGUGACAAUAUUCUGGCCUACCUAGCCCAAAGCCCUGCUCGUGUUCACGCUGUCGAUCUCAACCCCACCCAGAAUCAUCUUCUCGAGCUCAAAGCCGCCGCUUACACUGCGCUCCCCUACGAGGACUUCUGGAAGAUUUUUGGCGAGGGCAAGCACUCUGAAUUCCGCACAAUACUCAUCACCAAACUUUCUCCCCACCUCUCCAGCCGCGCUUUCCAGUACUGGCUCAAGAAUGUGCACGUGUUCCAAAGUACCUAUGGCCUUUACGACACCGGAGGUUCUCGCCACGCAAUCCGUGCCAUGCGCUGGGUUUGUCGCCUUUUUGGUAUCCGGGGAGCGGUCAACCAGGUUCUCGCUACCAAGACUCUGAACGAGCAGCGUGAGAUCUGGAGAAACAAAAUCCGCCCUGCUCUUCUAUCUAAGCUUGUGUCCAACCUCGUCGUUGCCCAGGAAAGCUUCCUGUGGACUGCGCUGGGUGUUCCCAAGAACCAGCUCGCCAUGAUUGAGAAUGAUCAUGCCAAGUCUGACCUGGUCAAGGGCCCCAAACCCAAGGCCAAGAACACCCGCUCUCAUGCCAUCUGGCACUACAUGGUCAACACCCUUGAUCCGGUUGGUGAAGAGACUCACAUUGGCGCCGAUAAUCCUUACUACUACGUCUGUCUUGCCGGUCAAUUCUCUCCCAAGUGCCAUCUCCGUUACCUCGACCAAGAAGUCCACGCAAAACUUUCCCGCCCUGGCGCUCUUGAUGGCCUUCGUAUCCACACCGAUGAGCUUGAGGAGGUCAUUGCUCGCAUCAUGCCCGGUACUCUCACCGUUGCAGUUGUCAUGGACAGCAUGGAUUGGUUUGACCCUGGCUCUGAGGCUGCCAACAAGCAGGUCACGAAGCUUAACCGCGCUCUCGCUAUUGGCGGUCGCGUCAUGCUGCGUUCUUCCGCCCUGGAGCCCUGGUACCUGAAAGUCUUUGAAGCCCACGGCUUCGUCCCCAAGUGCCACGGUGGCCGCCGUGAUGGUGCUUGCAUUGACCGCGUCAACAUGUAUGCUAGUUGCUGGAUUUGCACCAAGGUAGACCAUCUCCGCCCUCCCACUCCUGAGUUGGAACGCGUCGGCAGCCACGAGAUUACCAGCCUCGAGAUCUAA